UCGGAGCCGGAAGGUGAAUAGAACAAGAGCUUCAGUGACUCGUGAGCCGCAGAUCCCCGGCCGGAUCCUUGCAACAUGUCGCAACACGUCCUUUCGAAUGCCUCCGUUCUGGCAACCGCGGCCACCGCGGCCAACGCGACCCCCGACUCGCAGUUCACCUUCAACUCCACGGAUUACGCCGUUUUCGCACUGAUGCUGAGCAUCUCCGCCUCGAUCGGAGUUUACUUCGGGUUCUUCGCCAAGGGGGAGGACACCACGGAGGAGUACCUGAUGGGCGGCAAGCGGAUGAAGACGAUUCCCAUAGCCAUCUCCCUGGUGGCCAGCCAACUGUCGGCCAUUUCCAUCAUGACCAUUCCGGCGGAGCUGUACGCCUACGGGGUGAACUGGUUCUUCAACGUGGUCUGCAUGGUGGUGGUGGUGCCGCUGCUCAACUACGUGGUCAUCCCGGUCUUCUACAACAACAACAUCACAAACUGCUACGAAUACCUGGAGCUGCGCUUUUGCCGCGAGGUGCGAGUGGUGCAGACCUUCAUCUUCAUCACGACGAUGUUCUUCAUGCUGCCCAUCUUCAUCUUCCUGCCUUCCCUGGCCUUCGCACAGGUGACCGGAUACAAUGUGCACUUCAUCAACACCGUCGUCUGCAGCAUCUGCAUCUUUUACACCAUGUUUGGCGGAAUCAAGGCUGUAGUCUGGACCGACGUUAUCCAGGCAGCCAUUAUGGUCGUUUCGGUGGUGCUGGUGGGCACCAUGGGCGCCCAUCGAGUGGGCGGCUUCUCCGAAGUGUUCCGCAUUGCAGGCGAGGGCGGUCGCCUGGACAUCAACUACAACUUCGACCUGACCACUCGGUCGACCAUCUGGAACAUCUUCACCUCGGCGACGAUCAUUUGGGCGGGAUACGUGGGCCUAAACCAGAGCUGCGUGCAGCGAAUCGUGUCCCUGCCCUCGCUGGGCCACGCGAGAAGAUGUCUGGUCUUCUUCGGCCUCGGCUUCAUCCUGAUCAUGUUCUUCAACUGCUUCACGGGCGUGGUGAUCUACGCCCUGUUCCACGACUGCGACCCCAUCAAGGCGGGCCACGUCUCCAAGGUGGACAAGAUGGUUCCCUACUUCGUGCAGGACACCGUGGGCCACCUGUGGGGCAUGCCGGGCGUGUUCAUCUCCUGCGUGUUCAGCGCCGCCCUCAGCACACUCUCCGCCAGCAUCAACUCGCUGGGCGGAGUGGUCUACUUCGACUACAUCAAGCCCCACAUCCGGCACACGGAGCACCGGGCGAACGUGAUCAUGAAGCUAUUUGUGUUCUUCACGGGAAUCUACUGCAUCUUCGGCGGAAUCCUGGUGGAGAACUUCAACUCGAUCCUGCAGGUGGUUUACUCGAUCACAGGCGUUAGCUAUGGGUCCACGUGUGGUGUUUUCUUGCUGGGGAUGCUGGUGCCCAAGUCCCACGGCAGGGGUGCGUUGGCUGGAGUCUUCGUCAGCAUCGCUUGCAUGGCGACCAUUGUGGUUCUGAGCUGGGGACGCAACCACUACGAUCCCCUGCCCACCACCACCGCCGGCUGUCCAGCUCCUCCGCUGAACGGGACGACCACGGAGUCCAGCACAGUGUCCUCCCUGCUCCUCAGCUCAACGACGGAAGCCCCGGUGAAAGACGGGGGAUUCAGCAUCCUGGAUCUCUCCUUCAACUUGUACACGGUGGCGGGGUUCCUCAUCACCUGGCUGGUGGGUAUUUCCGUGAGCUGUACCGUCAAGCCCAGAGCCGGCUACAAUCUGGACCCGAAGCUCCUGUCUCCGGUGGUGCAGCCGUUCGUCGACUACAAACUGACCCCCAUGGAGGAGCCCCACCAGCUGAAGCUAGAGAAGGUCGAAAAGGUCUGAUGACGAUGUGGAUGUGAACCCUACAAUUAGAUAUACUUCAUAAGCAUCAAGGUAUUUGGAGAUACGAGUGGCAGUCGAACCUCUCUAACUUAUAGAAACAUUUAUCGAGUUAGAACAAAAAGGCUGACUGCUUAUCUUGAAUAUUCUCAACGCUAGCUUAAUUUUUGUUAGUUAUUUCAAAUUAAAUUGAAAAAGAAAGAAUCUUUAGAAUCAUCCCAGUGCUAUUGAAUUCGGAAGCGUUUGCUCUACGAAAGCUUCACUGUAAAUGAUAGGCGGUUUUAACCAGCGAACUCCAAAUAGAUUGACUGAAUGAACGAUCUUAUCAUUAUGAAAA